ACAAACUUUGCCAGCGGUUGUGAUCGCCCACCGCACGUCUGUAGCUAUAUAAAUAUAUCUCGGGAUCAGUCCAAUUUUGGAGCUUGAGUUUGGUCGACUUGUACAAGUACAGUGCUCGGUGCAGGUCAUCGACGCAGCAGCCAACAGCAAGCCAAACGGUUAUAGCAGCAAGUGGAAGAACCCGGCGCAAUACGACCAGCAAACAGCACAGACAGUCAAACUCGCUACCAGCCAAGCGCAGCUCAAGCGGAGGGUCCCCGAAAUACGCUUCUUACCUUCUUACGCAGUGUGCUCCACAUCCACAAGUCCAAUCAACCAAAAAUGAAGUCUCUGUUACUACUCUCCGCGAUAGUGACGAUUAUUGCGGCCCAGAGAGACUACACCACGCCGGUGCCCAUUCUGAAGCAGAUCAACAGACACAACGAGGAUGGCAGUUACAGCUACGGUUAUGAGGCGGCGGACGGUACGUUUAAGAUCGAGACCAAGUACCCGAACGGUGAGGUGCAGGGCAAGUACGGCUACGUGGAUGACGGUGGCAAGCUGCGCGAAAUUGAGUACGGUGCGAGCAAUCGCGGUUUCGAGCCACAGGGUACGGACAUCAACGUGCCACCGCCGACGCUGAGCAACAGCAACUAUCCGCCGCUUGGGCCGAACGAGGAAGACGAUGGUCAAUACCGGGAGGAUCCGAGCAUCUACUACAAGGACACGCGUUACAACUCGAAACCGGCACCGUACAAUCCGCGACCGGCACCGGUCGCGUACAAUCCGGCACCGCAGCAGUACUAUCGCAACACGGCCGCCCCGGAAGCCGCCCCGGCCACCUACCAGCCACAGCCCCAGCACCGGUUCCAGCCGCAGCCACAGCAGCAGUACUAUCAGCCGGCGGCACCAGUGCCGCAGCAGCGUGCCGACUACUGGCACCCGAACGCGAAGGUGGACAUCAACACUGGCUCGUACUCGCUCAGCUACACCGGCAGAUAGGCUGGAUGGGGUUUCUCCCGAGCAAAAGUGCACAGACAAUCCAAAUCAACCCACACUCCAUCUCCAACGCAACUCUAAUAUCCUAAGUCAACGUGGUGGGUCCCCCAACCCUUGAGCGGGUGCAUCACACCCCAAAAUGGCGCGACAUUCGUUACAACCUCCAACUCCUGUUCCAAGUCGAAUAUCGGAAGGGUGCGCAAUAAAGUGGUAGAGAACGUUUUUUUUUCCCCAAA